UCUUCUAAUUUUUAUACAAUCAUGCAUCCAUUCCGCCCUCCUUUUGGUGUCCCCGCUAGACCCGCAAACCCGAACUCAACCCAACCGCAAACCCCAUACAACCUUCAAGACAUGGACCCGAGCUUUUUAACUUACGCGGCUUACUUGAGUGGCGCCCCUCCGUUUGUUCCUCCCACUUUCGGCUAUGGUCAAGCCGGCGGGUCUCAACCGUCACAACCCGAAGCCGAACCCGAUGUGGAAGUCGUACCGAAGACGCAACCCGAACCGGUGCAAGAAACAUCGAAACGCGGCAAAAGGUCGCAUAAGAAGAAGGAUAAGGACGCACCGCGGCGUACAAAAAAUAUAAUCAAAUGGACGAAGGAAGAGGAAUACGCGUUGACUCGGGCGUAUGUCGACAUUUCGGAGGACGAAGAGACCGCAAACUUUCAAACGGGCCCGGUUUUUUGGGAUAGGGUUCCAAACUUUCAAAUGGGCCCGGUUUUUUGGGAUAGGGUUCGUGCACUCUUCUUUAGCACGUGGGAUCAAGGCGAACAUCGGGACAAAGACUCCAUUUCUAGCAAAUGGACCGACAUCAACAACAAGUGUCAUGGGUUCCAAGAAGUCUUCCAACGUAACUACGAUAAUCGGCCGAGCGGUGAAGGUGACGUGGGGGUUUUAACGAAGAGUUUGGAGGAGUUCGAGAGGACAAAAGGCCCUUUCACGUACUACAAGUGUUGGGAGCUACUUCGAAAAAGUCCAAAGUGGGCGGAAGUUUUGACAGUUGUUAAUCAAGUUAUUAUAUUAUAA